UUGCGGCAUUUAUGCUUCUGUUCCUGCUCGUCGAAUCUGCCGCUGCCGGCAAACGGCGGAAAAUCAUCAUCCACGUACCGGUCAAAGUGAAGCAGCAGAAGCAUGUGCACACGGAAGUGAAAACGGUGCACCACCACCACAAACCGACCGUAAUCAAGGAGGAGAAGAUCGUGAAGAAGGAGGUACACAAGCCGGUCGUGAUCAAGGAGGAGGUCGAGCACGAACAUUUCCACCAUCACUACAAACACGAUCAUCCAACGUUCGAGAUCGAUGGGCACGACGCGAACGGGCUCGGUUCGAGUCUAAUCAGCUAG